AUGAAGGUAGCUGAUACUAAGGAGGUACUGGCCCUCUACACUGAUUACUUAUACUUUAUACUAGACGACAACAACAAUAAUGGCUCAUCCACGCUGCCCCCGGAGAGGCCGAACUUAUCGUCGAAACCGACAACAGCAAUUUCGUCAAUGAACAUUCAGACGCUGUCGUUCCCGGAUGGGUCACGUGGGACCUUCUCAACAGCCGCUGGGGACAAUAGUAGUAGCUUCAGUCCCGUCGGCGGCGGCAGCAACUACAACAACUACAACUACAACCACAACGACCUCGACGAAUCCAUGAGCAUCAUGAGCCUCGCGCCCACCCUGCGGCCGCCGGGGGACCUGGAGAGCCUGCUCGUCGGGGACGUGGGCAAGAGGAGCCCCGCGUGGCAGCUCCUGCACUCGCAGUCCGCCGCCGUGCAGCCCUUCGAAACGAUCCGGGUCGGAGAGGACGAUGGCAGUACUACUACUGCUGCUGCUACUACUCCUGCUAUCCUCGCCGACUUCGCCCGCGAGUUCGACGACAUCCCCGAGCCCGGCGAGGCGUGGAGCGACGACGCGCGGCUGAAGCUCUGGAAGUCCAAGCUCAAGCACUUCAUGAUCCUGUCGUCCGCCGGCAAGCCCAUCUACAGCCGGCACGGCGACCUGGAGAUGAUCAACGCGUCCAUGGGCGUCGUCCAGACCAUCAUCUCCUUCUACCAGGGCGCCGGGAACCCGCUCCUCGGCUUCUCCGCCGGGGACGCGCGCUUCGUCGUCGCCGUCGCCCAGGGCCCCCUCUACCUCGUCGCCGUCAGCAAGCUCGGCGAGAGCGACUACCAGCUGCGCGCCCAGCUCGACGCCCUCUACAUGCAGAUCCUGUCCACCCUGACCCUCCCCACCCUCACCAACAUCUUCGCCAACCGCCCGUCCACCGACCUCCGCAAACCCCUCCGCGGCACCGAGUCCCUGCUCUCCUCCCUAGCGGACAGCUUCACGCGGGGGUCCCCGUCCGCCCUCCUCGGCGCCCUCGAAUGCCUGCGGCUCCGGAAAUCCCACCGCCACGCCGUCAACAACGCGUUCCUCCGCACCCGGACCGACAAGCUCCUCUACGGGCUGAUCGUCGCGGGCGGGCGCCUCGUCAGCGUCAUCCGCCCCCGCCGCCACUCCCUGCACCCGAGCGACCUGCAGCUCAUCUUCAACAUGCUGUUCGAGAGCGCCGGCGUCAAGGCCGCCGGCGGCGAGAAUUGGAUCCCGCUGUGCCUCCCCGCCUUCAACAGCCGCGGCUACCUGUACAUGUACGUCAGCUUCCUGGACGCGGACCCCGGCUCCGAGCGCGACACGAGCAGCGCCAGCGCCAGCGCCGAGGAGAAGGAAGAAGAAGUCGCCGUCAUCCUCAUCAGCCCGGACAAAGAGAGCUUCUUCGACCUGCAGCGCAUGCGGGACGACGUCGUAGCCGAGCUCCGGAAGAAGGGGCUCCUGGACGUCAUCAAGGCGGCGGCGAAGCAGGGCCGGCCCGGGAUGGCCGACGUCGCGCCCGGCACGCACGUCAGCCACUUCCUGUUCAAGUCGCGGGCCAACGUCCAGUUCUGCAUGCCCUCGCUGCACCCGACGUUCUCGAACCUCAUUUCCCAUCGGCGGCUCAUGUCUCUCUAUCACAGCUUGCACGCCACCGUCCACGCCAAGCACACGCACGUCAAGGUCCUGCACUGCGUCGGGGAGGACGCCACGUCGCUCGCGUGGGUCACGCCUAUAUUCGAGUUCUACUGCGUAGCGGGACCCAACGCCUCGCGGACCGUCAUGACGCAGGGUGCUAAUAAGAUCAUGCAGUGGGCGAAGCGCGAGGAGGAACGGCUGUUUAUCAUUGGGGGAGGCGUGUUUUGA